GCGGCGCUCGACGCGGAAGUGCGCGUCCCGACCCCGAUGUCGAACGUCCUCGUCGGCGCGCGAAUGGCCCCAGAGGCGGGAGCGCGAUUAUGUGAUUCCGAGAGGCCGUGCGGCGCGAGUGCGUAGCCGACCGAGGCUGAGUCAUGGACAAGCUCAAGGGCACGAGGAUGAACCUCCUCCAGGACUUUAACAGUGAAUUAUGGAAGGACUCGGGCCAGAUGAAGGACUUCAAUAGUAAUGGGAGCUUGGCGAUGGCUACGAUGCCGCCCAAUAUGACAUUUACCCAUCAAUCGCUGACAAUUGUAAUCGUCUAUUGUGUCUGUUUUUUCGUCGCCGCAGUUGGCAAUCUGACGGUCUUUCUUACGCUUUCGAGGGGCAGGUAUCGCAAGUCGCGGAUAUCACUGAUGAUUUGCCACUUGUCCAUCGCCGAUUUACUCGUUGCUUUCUUCACCAUUCCCAUUGAAAUUGGAUGGCGACUAACUGUACAAUGGAUUGCUGGAAACCCGGCUUGUAAAAUAUUUUUAUUUUUAAGAGCUUUUGGCCUAUACCUGUCAAAUAAUAUUCUGAUCUGCGUUUCCUUGGAUAGAUACUUCGCCGUCCUUUAUCCCUUACGCGUGAAUGAUGCACGCCGCCGAGGAAAAUUCAUGCUCAGCAUCGCUUGGAUUUUCAGCAUCAUCUACGCCAUACCGCAGAGCAUCGUUUUCCACGUAUCAAAACAUCCAGAUCAUACGAAUUUUACACAAUGUGUCACUUUCGGCUCAUUUCCCUCGGAUUUGGUUGAAAAUACAUACACCGUAUUUUGUAUAGUGACAAUGUACUUUGUACCUCUUAUCAUUAUUUGCUGGGUGUACUUACAAAUAUUGUGCGAGAUUAGUAGCAAAUCAAGGGAUAAUAAACCAGUUGUAACGAAAUCGUGCAGUAAUGGGACACUCGAGAGUUCAAACAGUACUCAGGGAAGUCGAAUGCGAUUACGACGAUCGGAUAUGUCAAGUAUCGAAAGAGCACGAAGUAGAACACUCAAGAUGACUAUCAAAAUAGUUGUAGCUUUCAUUUUUUGCUGGACGCCCUACAUCACGAUGAAUCUUUGGUAUGUGAUCGAUAAGAAGAGCGCCCAAAGAGUUAAUGAAAUGGUGCAAGAAUCACUUUUCAUAAUGGCGGUAGGAAAUUCCUGUGCCAACCCCUUAGUUUAUGGGAGUUAUGCAAUCGAUUUGAAAAAGGAGUGUUGUCGUUGUUUUCUUCCUAGCACAUCGAGAAAGUCCAAUGUCGAUGUCAAUCUCAUUCAGCGUAGCUUAGGUUCAAAAUUCCAGAAAAUAGAUAUGAAGUCCCCGGGCGUCAGCAAACAAAUAGUUCAUAGUGUUCGUCAAGCCGUGCACGGCUUGCUUAAAGUUGGAAGCGGACAAACGAAAAGCACAGCCAUUUGCGGCAAGGCAACGGCGCCCUCGAGCCCAAGAUUCUUCGUCUCAGCUACGUCGAAGGGACUUAUCGUUGAGAACAUGCCGCUCCGAACAAUUAAACCAAAAUUCAAGGGAAAUAUUCUUAAAUCACCGUGCAAUGAACCCGCUGAAGACUUUUUACAACAAUCAACCAUUUGAAAUUCACCGUCGGAGUUAUCAAAAAUAGGAAAUUAAGUCGUGUAAAAAAUUUUUUUGCCAGCAUGGUGCUUACGUGUUUGCUAAAAUCUCGCUCGAUGCAGAAUGAAAAUUCACCAAUAUUAAUUAAUUUUUCAUCACUGCAAACAUCUUAAAGUGUAUACUAUGUACUCGAUAAUUGAAUAAGUAUUCUAUUGAUUUUUAAUGGGAAAUAUUAAUGUAGCCAGCGAGGAUGAGAUUCAUCGUGUAUAUUAAAAUAUGACGAAUUUAAUCUUAUCGAAACGCAAGGCCACAAUUUAAUAUUAAUUUUUAUAUUAAAACAUAUUAAGAAAUCAAUCUUAUUGAUAUUAAUGACAAUGAUAAAGGAUGAUCGAUAGAUACUUUAAUUGCAGCCAUUUAAAAACUAUA